UUUGCAGUUGUGACUAGCAGACGACAGACGACGCCAUUAUAUUCACUUUGUUUGUUUGGAUUCCGGCGCGGCUGGCACAUCUUCCAGAAAUUAACCUACUUCGUUUGAAAUUUGAAGGGCAACCUGCAAAGUAAUGGACAGCAAGGCAUCAACCGCUCCAAAUAAUGACAAGCCAGAAGAAGAUCCUGGAGGACUGGUAUCCUGCUCAAGCUGUAAUUUUGAAGAACGAUAUCAUUACAAAGGAAAAGAACCACCAUUUGCCAGAGCAUUUGUGUUUUUGGAGGAUGGAUACAUAAUUAGAGAUCCAUUCUCACCCCCAGGAAAUAGACAAUGUUUACUCAUUGCUGGGGAUUGCUCUAUGUGUGGCAAAGCAGUGUGCUGUUCUAAUGAAUGUAGUUUGUUUUAUGUGAAACGAUUCUGUUUAAAAUGUGUUCGCGUCAACAUUGGUUACUUUCCAUCACAGGUUACAGCUAAAUUAAAAAGCUAGAGCUGGUGGUUGUAGUUUUUUAUCAAUUGGGAUAUCAAUUUGUAAGAUUGACGGAGGUUGACGACAGGUUUUGGAAAUACUGUCAAAUGUGAAAUGGCUGUGCUGCACAAUUUGGUGUUGGACAGUUAUUGACAAACCACAGUCUGCAUAAACCAGAAUAAUUGGAAGGUUCAAGUGUAUUUUUUAUAUUUAAAAAACGCAGUGAUUGUACUGUGCGUGUUUUUCCACCUGUCAGACACAAGGAGACUUCAUUUGUAUUAUUGUUCUGCUAAAGUCUUAAUGUCUUACCUUUUUUUUUUCAAUCAAUAAAUUUAGUUAAUAAACAA